AGGACUCGCGAGAAGCUUGGCAAACGCGCGAUCGAGCGAGCGGAGCGCAGUUUUUAGCUUUUAGCGCCUCUCCUCAGUUUUUUAAUUUUUGAUUUUAAUUCAAUUACCAGUCAAAAAUAUUUCGGCAAAUAAAAAAUUUUGACAAACGACACUAAAACAUACAAAAACUUUUCGGCAAAAAAAGGAAUGAAAAAGAAAAUUUUGGCAAUCAAGAAAGACAAAAAGCAAGCAGGAAAUCAAAAUUUCGGCAAACGUUAUAUUUUAUGAGUUUAUAAUUUGAAUUUGUGUGCAAAUCAAAAAGAAAAGGAAGCAAAAAGUUUUAAGUUGCAUCUAAGUUUUUAAGAGAGCAAAUUACACUAACAAAAAAAUUUCUGAAAUAAGCAAAGUUGACGCGCGCGUAACGGAAAUACGCGCAAAGCUUUACCAGCGUACGGGAAAAAGUGCUGCGCGCGUUGAACAAUACAACAUUCAAAAUUUGAAUUUUUGCGACAAGCCAACGGCCCAACUCGAGAAGCAAAAUGAAUGUAAGCAAGCAAGCAAGUAAAUAAAUGCUUCAGCACAAACAAAACAAAGAAAAACAACUACAAACGCGGGCAACGUGGAAACUAAAAGCAAACAAAAUAAAUAAAUUUAUUUUCGCUUUUUACGCGCCGCGCAGGAGGCUACAGCAAAAUUCGCCACACAUCAAAAUUCGUUAUACCUUUUAGUUACGUUCGAUUCUACCCGUUUAUUUUUAAGUUCAAUUGAGUUUAAUUAAAAAAAUUUAAUUUAAUUGAGUAUUAAAAAAUUAAUAAAUAAGAAGCAACAACCAAGUAUUACAACGCACAAGAAGCAGCAGAAGCGGACAAGAAAUUUAAAUACAAAUAAAUAAUAAAAGAAUAUAAUAAAAAAUCAACUCCAAUAAAAUCGACGAGAAUUGAAACGAAUAAAUCAUGAAAAAACCAAAGUACGAACAAGUUCCGAAAAAAAAGAAAAAAAAUAAAAUGGUCAAAAAUACGCGGCAGAACCAAGCGAGUGAACUAGCCAGUCAAACGGCAGAGUGGCUGUCUGUGUGCUUAAGCAAGUUGUGUGCUACUGAGAAAUUUAACUCUUUUUGUGCUGUAAAAUUACAAAGUACAAGCAAAUUGUUGUAAAAGAACCAACUGGAAAAACACAAAUACGAACUUUGAAAAAUAUUAGCAAUAAAGGAUAUUAAAAUAUAGUUUUAAAAAAUUGCAAACUAACAUUUAACAACACAAGCAACGGAUAGCAAGCAAGAAAUAGCGGCAACUGCGGAGCAGCAGUAGCUGAGCGCGGCCUGCAAACAACCGCCACAGCAGCGCAAAUUCGUCGAAAGCAGCAGCGACACAAUUGUGAGACAUUAACCGACAACGACGACGAUUCCGCAACACGAGAGGCUGAACGAAAUAUUCGAACGAUUGUAAAAUUCGUAAGAAAGAAGUGUGUAAAAGUAGCAGCAAACAAAGAAAAUUGACGCAUCUCUUCUUUUGACGCGCAAAUUUUUUCGCUUACGACCAGCAUCAAUAAGCAAAACGGUCGUUUUAAAAUAAAAAAAAAAAAAUCGAUUCUUUUGCUUAUGUCGCGUCCAUAUCAGUUGAUGGCUGAAGUGAAACGGGAGAUGUCGCCUUUGAAUGCGGCAGACGCCGGUGGUGGAUGUGGCAGCAGUACCGAGAGUAGCGGCAACGUAGAGGUGGUUGGUUCCAAUGGGCCGCAUUCGAACGGAAGUAGCGCUGGUGAUGGCGGCGCACCGGGUUCGAAUAGCGGCAACAAUACCAUCAGUGCCGCCGCCGACUCGAGCGAUAAUCAGCCCGGUACACCGCAACCGCUUACUAAUAAUCACCAAAGUGGUAGCAGCGAACAGCUACAACAGCAACAACAACAACAUCAAUUGACUAAUAAUUCUUAUGGAAUGUAUUCCUCGCUCGCAAUGACGCCCAAUACUGGCGUUCCACUGCCUCCCAUGUAUGGCGGUGGCAUUUAUGGGACUUCUGGUAUCCAACCGGAAAUGCAGCACCAAGCUGUCGCUCCUUAUCAUAGUUAUAUAAACAACUUCGAUCAAUAUUAUCAGCAGCAGCAACACCAACAGCAACAGCAGCAGCAGCAUCAACAACAAAUUGGCUCUGCUGCUGAUUACGGAUUCAUGUACGCUGGGAAGAAUAGCAAUAGUAGCGACUUUAACGGCGCAGCCAACUCAAUUGUCAAUGGUGUGCGCUAUAAUCCGUACUCCAAUCCGUCUACAUCAUGCAACCCUGGCGGGAGUCAUGAAAAUGACACUACUCGAAAUGGCACGACCGAAAUCGCUUCAAACGGUAGCGGAACACUGCCCUUACCCCAAAGCAACGCAACAGUUUCAACGACUACAAGUUCUUUAAGCCCAGGCAUAGUCAGCUCCAGCAGUCCAACAUCAACAUCGGCCCAUCUUCAGCUGAGCAGCAGCUCUGCUGCUGGUUCGCCCGGCGGUGGCUGCAAGCUACAGUGCAAGAAGUGUGGUAUCAUUUGUGCCACCGAUAAUGAGUUACAAGAGCACAUUGCUAAUGUGCACGGCGCCUCGCCUUACGGCAGCAGCGGUUACUCGAGUUCCCCAUACAUCAAAGAGGAGUUGUCAUCGAGCUCUCAGCAGCAGUCUAUUGGACAGCAAAGCCAGGGUGGUAAUGCGGGCGAAUUGCUCGACUUGGACUCGCAAAAAUUGAUAUACCCGCCCGCAGCAGGCAUUAUGCCAUCGACACUUCAUCAAUCGCAGCAAGUGCAUGAUGCGGUGGGUGCCAGCGAUCCGCUGAACUCCAUGCACAGCAUGCAACAACGCGCCUUGCCCGCCUGGGAACAAACACAGAUAUCCAAUGGUGUUGUGCAGGAGUGCUUAGGGUCCUAUAUGCAGCAGCAACAGCAGCCGCAACCACAACCGCUGCCAGUUCAGCAGCAAUCGGAUUCGAAUACCAAGCCACCACAUGCCAAUCAAACGGCUUACUACUCGCCCAAGCAAUCGCCGUAUCAAGUACCUGGCGGUGGCGGUUCGAAUGUCAAUGCUGGUAUGCCGAUUAAGCAGGAAUAUGGCUUGAUAAAAUCAGAGCCGUUUGCUCCAACUAUGAACGCUGAUAUGUGCCAACAAGUUCCGCCUCCCGUUCAACAGCAGCAGCAGCAGCAAUUAGCUUCAAGCCCAGCUGAGUUUCCUACGACUACAACUACAUUAACCAAUUCCGGCAGAUUACCUGCAAAAUCAGCCACCUGGAAAUCGAAUGAGGCGCGUCGUCCGAAGAACUACUAUUGCCCCGCUUGCAAUAAGUGGUUCACAAGUUCGGGUCAUCUCAAGCGCCACUACAAUACUACAUUGCAUAAGAACGCGGUAAAAUCGAGUGGAAAACCAGAUCCGUCUACGCUUCCUAUUUCUGCGCAUCAUCAUCCGCAACGUGGCCAAGUCACAACUACCAAGCCACACAGCCGACGCAAUAAUAACAAAGCCGCCGCUGCUGCAGCUGCCGCUGCCGCUGCCGCUGCCGCUCAACAACAGCAGCCACCUGCGCCGGUGCAGCCACCCGAAACGUCCAGAAGUCCGCUGGACUUUCCACAAGGAGCUGCGAGUAUGGGCCACAUGUCGCAAUAUUCCGCUUCACCAUCGCCGACGCAACAAACACAGCAGGCGCAGAUGAAUGGUAUCUCUUAUGGGAUAAACACAAGCGGCUACCAGACACAGCAGCAACAGCAAUUUUUAGCAUCGCCUACGAAUAAUCAAUCCCCGCAGCAAGCACCCAGUCGCAUGAAUGUGGCUGGAACCUCACCAAAUAACACACAAACCGUCUUGAACGGUCACCCAAACGGAUUAGCAGGUCCCUCAACCAAAAUAAACCCACCAUUUCCGGCACCCUUAAUGGGGGACCUGCUGUACUUCUUGCCAGGAAAAACUAUCAUAAAGAACGAACCCAAGGAGGACACGAGCACGGACCUGAACACAACGUUGUCGGGGGAGCAGCAGCACUUUCAAACGAACAUGGCCUCGCCGCAACAGUCGGCAGAGACGUCAGUAGCGACUGCAGCAGUGCCAGCGCAAGUGGAAGGGCAGAUUCAAUACCAGAGUCAAGUGCAGGGGGGUCUAGUACAUGUGGAACGAUUGGAGCUUUCUCAACAUCGGCUGGUGGGGGAAUUGGGGCGAGAGGGAUCCUUUCACAGCAGCACGCCCAUUCUCAGCCUGGAACACAACAUACCAGCGCAAUCCCUCCUUACUACCUCCCACCACCAGCAAUGCCAGGAGCUGCAGCAGCAACCACAAGCAAUGGUGGACACCAUUUUCUCUCCCAUACAGCCGCCAGCGGCAGUCACUUUGCCAGCCAGUAUAACGGAUCAAUACAACCUCAUACCUUUGGGUAUCAACACGCCGCAGCUGCUCAACAACAGUAUGCAGCUGCUGCCGCCGCAGCAGUCCAUCAACACCAGCAUAGCUACUACAGUCAAUAUGGACAACAUCCCUAUGCUGCACAGCCACCCCCACCACCACAUUCAGGACAUCCAGCAACCAGCGCAGCCAUACCAGGGGCGCCUGGUACUACCGUCCAUUCUCAAUAUGCUUCCCAACAGUACCAGCAUCCAGUCGCAGCUGGGCACCAUCAAUUCACUCACCACGCAGCAGCUGCUGCCGCUGCCGCAGCUGCAGCAGCCGCUGCCCACCACUCAAUCCUACCAGCAGCUGCAGCAGGCGUCGGAGCUAGUCCCGCUGGAACCCAUAAUGACAUAUCACACUACUAUUGGUAAUGGAUCGCCGGUGAUGGAUUUCAGCGGCGAAAUUACUACGACUGACAAUAGUGGAAGUAGCGAAAGCAGCUCCGGCAUUUUUUCACUAAGCACAUUGGAUUCUUUUAAUGGAUCGCAGACACAGCAAGUGCUUACUGCCGAGGGAGGGAAAAUAGUGCAGAUUCUGCAUUCGCCACUAUUAGAACAGACAUUCUAUUCGUUACCAUCAUCGAGCCAACAAAGUUCACCUGAAUUAUUACCAAUUGCCGAAACGCCUCCUACUGAUAUCGAAUGCGAUUCGAUCACACAUGAAUUGGCUUCUACCACAGAUGAACUCGACAGUGACAACAUUCCUGGAUGUAGUACUGACACCAUCAAAACUAGGAAAGCACGGAAAGCUGCCUUCACUGCCAAAAAAGGACGUGGACGGUCUACCGCGAAACGUCAGCCUGCGUCCCCAACGUGUACCACUAAGCCACCCACUGUCACGCUGCCAAAUGGUCGCAUUAAAUGCCUGGAGUGCAAUAAGGAUUUCAGCAAACCUUGCUACGUAACUCAACACAUCAAGAGCUUCCACUUUGGUGAGUACCCAUACCGCUGCGCCAAAUGCGGCAAACGCUACCAAACUUUGGAAACCUAUGAAAUUCACGUCUCGCGACAUGGGGCAAUCGGAGCCUUUAAGUGUAAUCAUUGUGCAAAACAAUUUUAUCAUAGGUCAGAUUUGAGGCGACAUGUCACCAACAAACAUACAAACGCAAGGCUGCAUGUCUGCCCGAUAUGCGAUAAGAGUUUCAGUCGCAAUGAUCAUUUGGGCAAACAUAUUGAAAUUCAUAAUAAACCUAAGAGAGUACCCGCAUCCAAGAAAAGUGGCGAUAAGAAGGUGGCAGGCCAGAAAACAGUUAAGAGGACGAGAAGGAAAGCGAAAACGGAGACAAACGAGACGAAUACAGACGGUGGCACAAAUAGGGACAACAAAGACGAAAAAGACCAAUAUAAUAUUAUGGAAUGGGACAAUAUUAAACAGGAAUUAGCACUUGAAAUACCAACAAGUGAAAGUGAUGCGGAUUUACUUGAUCAAUUACCGCUUCAAUCAGAGAUGAUUGAUAUAUCAACAUUUCCUCCACCACAAAUACUACAAAAUCUAUCUGUAACUGCACUAACAGUGCCGCAGGCAGGAGAAGGCAGAUUAGGUCGGCAGGGCACAGAUUAUCCGACUGAACUAGAGCAUAGGGAUCAUUUACGUGACUGCUUGACGCUUAUCAAAGAAGAGCUAGAUUCGCCUGCAGACCAAAUACAAAGUAAUUAGUUGCCAUUUAAGGCAAUGUUAACAGGGUGUGUUUUCUAUAAGUGCAGGUUAACUGAGCUUAAAAUCUGCGCUUAAAGUAUGUGGCAAUAAGUGCAGAUAAAACUAGACGUACUUUCCAUACAAAAUUUAAGCGUACAUGCAAAUGCGCGGGAAAAAGAAAAAAACACGAAAAAAGCCCGCCUGUUAGAAAAUGAAGUAUACGAUAGCAGCUAGAGGUGAUUUUGAAUUCAAACUUAUAGUUUGGACAAUGCAAUAAAAUAUUAUUUACUACUAUGCACGAGACUUGCAUUUAAUAGCUUAGACAGAUGGUGGCAUUAAUCAAACGAAUUAAUUCGGAAAAUCUCAGGAAUUAGAUUAGACUUAAUUUUUAUAUUAUAAUUUAGCCGGAUUAGGGGAAUUUUCGUUGGCAACAUUGCCGAAAAAUCGCAAUUAAUUUCUAUUGUAAAUGAAAAAUAAUGAAACUUUAGAAGAGAAGAUUAAGAAGGAUGCUAGCAAGGAAGGAGGAAGCAAUGCUAGUUUGCACUAAUACAUUCGAAAUUAUUUUCAUUGCUAUUUCGGUGCCGUUUUCAGAAAUUGCAAUUUAAAAUUUUUUUCAACAAAUUAAAAAAAGGGUAGUAUUUGAUGCCUUCGGUCCGUCUUUUGCUAAAAAAAUCUAGCCAAUAAAGAAAUCAGCUGUUCACUAAUUUUAGUUUUUGCAACUUUUAUCAGAAUUAACUGAGCUGAUACUCCCGAUUAACGCCGCCAUCUGCUUAGGCUAUAACUUUAGUUUGGCUGAGAAUUUCGCAGCCGCCAGUUUUCUUAGAUAUUAGAAGAUGUAUACAGUUUAAGGCUGUGAGCACAGUGCUAGAUUUACCCUGUCAGUGAAGCAGGGAAAUAUCAAACAAUUUUAAGACUCAGGUAGAAGGUAGCAGUUAAUCAGUAAUUUAAUCAGCUGCAUGCUUUUCUGUAGGGAGGAGAGAUAAUAUAAGUGGUAGAGGGGGGGGGGAGUUUAAUGGAACUGCUGCAGGCCGAUUAGUAUUAUCGCAUUACGAGCGAUAGGAAAGUUUUUGUGCAUAUGAAAGUGCAAAUAAUGCAGUAGUUUCAGAAGUAAACAGAGAUACUAUAGCUACUGGAGUUAUAGCUGCUUAUAGCUUAGGCUUGAGAUUAAGUCUAAACUUCAAUGAAUUCAUUUCGUCCUAGGAAAUGCAUACAAUUACAAACGAGUUUAGGAUAAGCGUGCGUAAGUGGGUGGAGUGAAGUGAAGUGGAGAAAAAGUAUGCUCAGCCAUUAGCUGCUUCUUCCUCUCAGCUGAACUCUGCUGCUUCACACUCCAGUUUACUGGCCCAUUUGCAUCGCUUCAGAUCAGCCCACUAAAAACGGGUCAAUAGUUGCUUGCUCGCAACUGCGAUUACUCAGUUCUGCAAGCUGGCACAAACUGCCUAAAUUGCGUAAAUUGCCCGCUAGUUGCAGCAAUGCUAGCCAAAUUUAAACGAAACCACCUGAAAAAGUAGCGCCAUAUUUACAUAGAAAUGUAUGAAUUUUGAAUUUAUUGUUUUUAACGCAAAUACCUCAGCAUACAAAGAUAGCAAAGGACUCACUCCUUUUUUUCAAAUAUUUUUUU